UCAUACUAUUUGGCACAAACCAUCCGAUGCACUAGGUGGCAGUAUAACAGCAAUUGAUUUUUCUGUGACCCUAAGCAAACCAGAGAGGAAAUUUACGCUAGCAGACGCACACACGUGGAAACUGGUGUGAUAACUUCAAUCAAAGAUGACAUCAUUAGCACAUCAGCUGAAGCGGCUGGCUCUGCCGCAGAAUGACUCUAAUCUGCUCAGCCAGAGAGUGGUGGCCUCUGUGCUCUUUGACCCUAAAGAUGCUGCCAGCAUGGACCGCAGCACCUUCUAUGCCCUGGGCUGCACGGGACUUGAGGAGCUGAUGGGUAUUGAUCCAGCAUUCAGUGAGUUUCAGGAGACUCUGUUUAGUCAAGCCUCUUUGACUUUAGAGCGCAGUGUUCAGAGCAAAGAGGUGAACAAGAAACUGGACAAGAGCAUCUCACUCUUUCUCACUCGACUGUCACCUUACUUUCUGCUCAAGCCUGCUCUGAAAUGCAUUGAAUGGCUCAUACACAGAUUCCACAUUCAGCUGUACAACCAGGACAGCCUGAUUGCUUGUGUUUUACCAUAUCAUGAGACUAAAGUGUUUGUACGAGUGAUCCAGCUUUUAAAGAUUGAAGAUCCAACCCACAAAUGGCACUGGCUGCAUGGACUUCAGAAACCUGGUGUUCCCCUGGCUCGAGGAACUCUGCUCACACACUGCUAUAAGGACUUAGGCUUCAUGGAUUUCAUUUGUUCUAUGGUCACAGAUUCAGUAAAGGCAUACUCUGGAUUCGUCAGGGAUGGGAACUGUCCGCAGCUGCGUGUGAUUUUCUCUUUCUAUGCAUCCACCAUUGUUUCUGCACUUGAUGCAGUGGAGAAGAUAACUAACUCUAUUAUUGCCAAACUGCUUCCAUUUGUGCAACUGGGACUGAAAUCUAACCUUCUAGACUACGUGGCUGCCACUUACAUGGUUGUGUGUCAGAUGGCAGUGAAGGUAGUAAUGGAAGCUCAGCUGGUUGACUCUUUGACCGUGCAGUUGUGCAAGUCUCUAAGCCGAAUGCCUCAGCUGUCCAGAGAGGGUUUGAGCUGCAUUAUCGUCCUCUUGCAGAACCAGAAAGAAGGAAUUGUUGGUCCAAAGGCAUUUGGAUACCUGUGUGCUAUCCCCACCCUGGUGUCUACUCUCCAGAGUAUAGCAACAGUUCAUGACAUCAGUCCUCUGCUGCGUUAUCUGCUGCCCCAUCUCAUACACUCUGUGAUGACCCAGGAUGAUGAGCAGCAGAAUGAAAGUUUGUCAGACAGUACUGGACUAUUACAGUCAGUGUUUCAGGACCUUCCACUGUCUGGCAACCUGGAGAGCACUGCAGCCAAAAUGCUUCUUGAGGAGUAUGUUUCCUGCAGCAUUGAGCUCUCCUCAGAUAGGAUUUCAGCUCUUAAUCAAAGAAUCCAAUCUGCUGUACGACAGUUUGAAUCCAGGUAUCCAUGUGCACUGGAUGUGGCACUGGAAAAUCAUGUCAAAAAAAUGUCAUCCGACCAUGAAAAAACUGUCCUUCAUCAGUUCAUCUCUCUAACUAUGAGCUGUGGAAAAUAUCAAAUCCUUCCAGAUUCAGACACCUCUCUGAUGCUCAGUCUGAAUCAUCCACUAGCUUCUGUGAGAAAUAUGGCUGUAGACUACCUGAAGGAGAUCCUCACCUCAGAACACAAUGGCUUUGAUGAGGCGUUUCUGAAGGAUGCAUUGCUGGAAAGAAUAAAGGAUGAUAUGCCAGAGAUUGUGCUCUCUGCCCUUAAAGCUUUGCAGCUUCACAUGGACCUUAUGGAUGCAGAGGAAACUGUUUCCUGUUUGAUUUCACUUCUUCAUCGCAUCAAACCAUCAGCGGAAUGGUGUUCGGUGCUAAAAGAGGCUGUGCGAGUUCUCGAUGACCCGCGUAUCAUUGAGGGCAACCCAGAUCUUAAGGCUCAGAUUAGUUGGGAGAUUCUGCCCUUCCUGGUGUUGACCAAUGCUGCGCCCAAGUGUGUGGAGCUGCAAAUGGCAUCUUGUGUGGCUGAAACAACUUUGCUUUCCCAGCAUCCCCUAACUCAUGGUUGGGCCAAAGUGCUGAAGGAUGUUCUGGUCAAAACCUCUCCAUCAGAUGUGCUAGGUGUAGUCAACCAAAUGCUUACAACAACUCUGAUCAAGAACUUGGCCAAUAUGGAUCAUGCAACCAAACGCGACACUCUGCAGAAUGUGUGUGAUAUCCUGAGCCGUCAGGGCAGCAGUGUGCGGGAGAGAGCAGCGUUUGUGGUGUUCAGUAAUGCACUGCUGCAGAGUCUGCAGUCCAUGACGGAGAGUCAACACCUCCACACUGCACAGAGUGUGUACAAACUACUGGAACCUUUACUGCUACAGGUCUACACAAUCCAACCUGAACAGGCUUCUUGUGAGGAGGUAAACGAGUGUCUGCCAGUCUGUGUGAUAUUGGGUGAGUUUCUGCAGAAGAUGAGCUCUGAUCUCAGUGCAGAGAGAGAACAAGGCCUCCUCCUGCUGUCACUCCUGCGGCUUUUCAUCACGGCACUCAAAUGUCCAGAUUCCACAUUUAAAGAUGAGCCAUGGUGGAACCCAGAGAAAAUGGAUGCCAAUACCUGCUGUUACGUGCAUCUCCUGUGUCGUCUCUUUGAUGUAGUGAUAUCAGGGGCCAGUCAAGGGCCCUUGGCUCUCUGCUUCAAGAGCCUAAUGCAGCCUCUGUUACAAGUUCACCUGAAUGAGCCGACAACCCUCUUUAAGUUCCUCUCUCUUUUAUGGGGCUACAACAGUAAUUUGGGUGAUCAGUUGGAUUGUCAAGUUAGUGCCAUACUGCAAACGCAGGCUCUUUAUGUGGGAAAGGCUUUGCUUUGCAAUCAGCCAAUAAAAACCCGCAACGUGCUGGCAGCAGGUUCCUCACCAGUGGUGCCGUCUUUGCUGGUGUGUUUGUGUUCAGGCGUGUGUGAAGUUCGGAGAGCUGCCAUUGCUGUGCUCCAUUCUCUGUCAGGGGUUGUUUCUUCACCUUAUUAUCUACUAGUGGAGAACGUCCUCAAAUCGUCAGAGGAGAUCAUCGCUGACCCCUCUUACCUCAGCCAGGCACUGUCCAAGAUGUAUGAGGAGGAACUGUUAUUGAAAGAUAAAAAGAAAAAGCUGGCAUCAAUUGAGCAGCUUCUGCAGUGUGUGCAGUUACCUUGCUGCCCUGCCUACACCUGUAAAACACUGCUGCGAGCACUUCAGGAUGUUCAUGGAGAGCCUGUUUUGGCCAUUCUACUGCCUGCUGUGGAGCGACUUCUUGAGCAGUGUGCUCCAGACUCAUGCACCUUCCUGCCAGAUGAGGCCCACCUCCUGCAGCUCCUGCUGAGCAAGUUCAAUGAGGCUUCUGCACCUUUACUGGUCAAAGACCCUCGAUGCCUGGAGGUCUUCAUUAGGGCACUGGGCACCUCAGCCAAGCCGUACCCUUCUAUGCCUGGUUUCCAGAUUAUUGCCCUGGAGCAGAUCACCAAGCCAUUCUUCAAUGCUCUUGGAGAUGAAAAGAUUCAACAGAAAAUUCUUUCUGUUUUAUUUGACUUGCUGGUGGGGAACAAAAACCCUGCCUGUGCCCAAGCUAUCAACAGUGUCUUUAAAGCGAUUGCUGUGGAUGCAGAGCUAGUGGCCAAUGAGCUGAUGCCUGUAGAGAAACAAAAAGUUACUGCAACAGUUCAACAAGCACGCAGGAGUAAAAUGCAAACUAGAAAAACACAAGACACAUCCAGGGCAGUGUCGGAGGAGAAUGUUGUCUCUUGGCCAAGAGUUACCCUGAUUUUAGAGCUUCUGCAACACAAGAAAAAGCUAAGGCGAGCCGAGUGUCUUGUGCCCGCUCUGUUUAAUCUGCUGUCCAGAUGUCUGGAGCCCGCCGCAGCUGAACAGGAGAAUCUCGAGUACACAAAACAACUCAUCCUCAGCUGCCUGCUGAAUGUCUGUCAGAAACUGUCUCCCGAUGGAGGGCCUAUAAGCAAAGAUGUGCUGGAGGAGGAUAAAUUUAACGUGGAGCUGGUAGUGCAGUGUGUCAGGAUGUCAGACAUGCCCCAAACUCACCAUCAUGCUCUCCUUCUGCUCGGUGCUUUGGCCGGUAUCUUUCCUGAGAAGGUUCUUCACAACAUCAUGCCCAUCUUCACAUUCAUGGGCUCUAACAUCAUGCGACUGGAUGACACUUACAGCUUCCAGGUCAUCAACAAGACUGUUCAGGCAGUCAUCCCUGCUCUUAUAAAGGCCAAUGAGGGUGGAAGUGCCCAGUCUGAGGGGAAUAUGGAGACUGUGGUAUCCCAUAUCGUGCAUGUGUUUGUUGAUGCCCUGCCUCAUGUGCCCGAGCACAGACGCUUACCCAUCCUCAGCCAGCUGAUGAACACACUGGGGCCGUCUCGCUUCCUCUGGGUCCUGAUGCUGCUCCUGUUCAAGCAGCAUGUCACACAAACAUCCGUCAGUGCAACUGGGGCUGAAAAGGAGGCUGUUGUGGAGAGAGAUCAGGACUUUUGGAUCUCCGUGUGCUGUGAGUUUGAGGUAAAGGAGCAGCUGACCUCCAUCAUCAGAAUCCUGCAGUAUCUCAUGACUCUACCGCAAGACAAAGAAGAAGCUCCGGAGAAAAAGAGGACCCGUGGAAGAAGUGCAGUGAAGAAGGAAGAAACAGUCUCGGAUGUGAUCUUCAGCGUGGAGGCUAAUAGUGGCAAGGACCUCCGCCAUUUUAAAUUCCUCUCCAUCUCUUUUAUGGCUCAGCUUUUGGCCUCUGACAGAUUUGUUGGGAAGGUGGCUGACUGUGAGGACAUAACAGAAAGCACCUUACAGACGCUUCAGCAGAAUCUGCUGGAGGAGGUUCUGCGCUACAUCCAUGCAGUUGCUCGAUGUGUAGAGGAUAAUGCAGACAAACCCACGGCUAAGUUCUGGAGAGCUCUGCUCAGCAAGUCCUAUGACAUCCUGGACAAGGUUAAUGCCCUGCUGCCCAUGGAUUCCUUCAUUAUGGUAAUGAGAGGCCUGAUGGGUAAUCAGUUAGCUUCAGUAAGAAGGAAGGCAAUGGAGUUACUCAAUAACAAACUACAGCAACGGACGCAGUGGGUGGAAGAACAGAUUACUGUGCUUCUGGAGCUCAUUGGCGUCCUCCUAAAAAUUGUGGGUCGGCGUCACGGACAGGUCACGGCACAGGAAGAAGAAGAGCUGGCUAUCAAUCGACAGACGGCCCUUUACAGCCUUAAACUUCUGUGCCGAAAUUUUGGCUCUGGCCACCAGGAGCCAUUUGUACCAGUGCUGAAAAAAGCGGUGGAGCUGGUUGCUGAUAAAGACGAGGAAAAGAACGUCAUGGGAAGUGCUCUGCUGUGUGUGGCUGAAGUGACCAGCACACUGAAAGCCCUCGCUAUACCACAAUUACACAGCCUGAUGCCUGCAGUGCUGGACACUCUGAAGGAGAGAAAGGACCUGCUGAACAAUGAAAUAUACUUGCUGAGUGCUGUCACAGCUCUACAGCGCGUAUCAGAGACUCUACCGCAUUUCAUCAGCCCCUACCUGGAGGACACCAUCUCACAGGUCGCCCGCUUAACUCUGCUAGCCAAGCGACUGACAUCCUGCCCUCAGCUGUCUGUACGUCUCUCCUCGCUCAGCACCACUCUUGCCACAAAGGUGCCUCCCAGGGUCCUCAUUCCCACCAUUACAAAAUGCCAUUGUGCCAUGGUGGAUGUUCAGCAGAACCGUCUUGGUCCUCUGAUGAUCAUCCUCAAGGAACAUAUAACUCACAUGGAAAAGGACCAACUCAACAACCACCAGUCAGAGCUCACUUCCUUCUUCCUGUCUGCUCUUGAUUUCCGUGCCCAGCAUUGCCAGGGAGAUCUGAAGAAGACUGGUGAGAUCGAGGGCUGUGUGAUUGACUGUCUGUUAGUGAUGGUUAUGAAACUUUCAGAAGUCACUUUCAGACCUCUCUUCUUCAAGUUAUUUGACUGGUCAAAGAUGGAUGGUGCUUCUAAAAACCGCCUGUUGACGUUCUACAGACUGGCAGACAGUAUCGCCAACAAACUCAAAGGACUGUUUGUGUUGUUUGCUGGGCAGCUGGUCAAACCCAUCUCUGAACUGCUGCGUCAGCUCAACAUUUCUCACACAGACAAACCCUUCUUCGAUUCAGAUGAUGAGGAUGAGGAGGAGGAUUCAGAUGAUGAUGAAGAUAAUGUGACAAAGAGCAGCCUGCUGCUGCAGUAUGUAUUGGACUGCCUCCAUAAAAUCUUCCUCUAUGAUACUCAGCGCUUCCUCAGUAAGGAGAGGGCUGACGCUCUCCUGGGCCCCCUGGUGGAUCAGUUGGAGAACAUGCUAGGAGGUGACGAGAUCUACAAGACCCACAUUACCAAGCAUUUGGUGCCCUGUAUUGCCCAGUUUGCUGUUGCCAUGGGAGAUGACUCCCAGUGGAAAGUUCUCAAUUAUCAGAUUCUGCUCAAGACACGACACAGUUCACCUAAGGUGCGUUUCUCUGCACUUGUCAUGCUGCUGGAGUUGGCUAGCAAGCUGAGGGAGAACUACAUGGUUCUUCUGCCAGAGACUAUCCCAUUUCUGGCUGAGCUUAUGGAGGAUGAAUGUGAGGAAGUGGAGCAGCAGGUGCAGAAGGUCAUUCAUGAAAUGGAGACUAUCCUCGGUGAACCACUGCAAAGCUACUUUUAAUACCACCCGCGACUGAUUUCACCCCAUCACAGGCGCUUCUUACACCCUUCAAGUGUGCAUUCAUUAUCCGUGUUUAAUAUUUAGUGAUGAACAUGCAUCAGUCUGCCCACCAGUUCCACCUGUACACCUCUUCACUGACUGACAGCUUGGCCACUACCUUUGUGUUCAUGUAUAUGUAAAUGUAAAAGGCCACAAAUCACUGGAUGCCACAUGCUUUUGACAGUAGGGUUAUAUAAAAACCACACACAUGAUGUUUAAAUGUGUCUAUUGUUUUUAAAAAUGAAAUGGUUUUAUAUUGAAUUUUCUAAUGCAUACUGAUGUACCUCUCUGGAAUCUGAACAUCAUAAAAAGAUGAGUCUGGAAAAUGUGAA